AUGGCUCAUGCCUGCGUCUCCACAUCGGCUUCUUCUCUCAGGUUUACAGCUGGAUUCGUCUCCGCGAGUCCCAAUGGCUCCUAUUUCGAUUCUCCGAAGCUUUCUCACCCUUUCGAUCCCCUACGUUCAAAGUGUAUUCCGUUUAGGUAUAUAAACUGUGACGAAGAUGGUGGGAAAGUGGUUCAAGUGUUGAUGAUCAGCUCAUCCAGUAGACCGGGACUUUUGUUUCCCAAGGGAGGAUGGGAGAAUGAUGAGACAGUCAAAGAGGAUGCAAGCAGUGGAAGAAGCAGGAGUCCGUGGGGUUUUAAUGGUAAAACCAUUUCACACACCACGUAUCCCAUUGCUGUUAUUGUUAGCAACCUUGGUGCUGAAUGUGUUAAAAACGGGACUUUGCAGGAUUUCCUUGGAGAUUAUGAUUUCAAGAGAAAAACGCACCAAGAUGAGUGUAGCCCAGAAGGUCUAGAGACGAGACAAGCCGAGGCUUCUCGCAUCAGAGAGAAGUACCCAGACAGAAUCCCAGUGAUUGUAGAGAAGGCUGAGAAAAGCGAUGCCCCCGUUAUCGACAAGAAAAACUCAAGUUUGACUUAUGUUAUGGUGAAUACAAGUUUUGUUUCAAAUGCAAGUCCCUUCUUCGCCCUAUUUUCCUGCGUAUGCUCAAGGAGAAGGACCGCCCCUUUUUUGCAAGAGCGUUUCCAGAGUAUUAUUAGCCAGCUCUUCCAAUAUAGGAUUAUUCACUGUGGCGGUGAUGUGGAUGAUGUUAUGGCAAACAUAAUUGUAGCUCAGCUUCUGUUCCUUGAUGCUUUUAACCCUACCAAGGCAAAUGAAAUGCUGCAUCACAAGGCAAACCUAAAUGGUUACCUCGCAUACCAGACGGGUCAAAGCUUGGAGAAGAUAAACCAGGACGUAUUCACAAGAGACUACUUGUCGUUGAAGUCGAAAAGAGAAUUAUGCAGUACCAGAGCUACAUUGAACAAGGACGUGAUAAGGAUGCAAAGACCGUAUUUGGUUUGCUAUUAUACAGCCUUGAACGUUUAUAUUGGGUUGUUCAGAAGCCUGCAAAAGGCGGCGAGUGGGUUUUGAACCUAUGCAGUCUGUCACGCUUUGACAAGCAAUAUAUCUCAGACCUACUUUCUCUACAAAUCUUAGCAUCUACUCUAAUGGUAAAAACCGCUUCUAUCCGUUAAAAAUUCUCUGAGCUUUGGCUACCUCGUAGAAACUUCUUUGUUUGAUGAUUUUAGGUUUUUCUUCUCGGAUUCUCUUUCUGGUUUACGAUAUUGAGCUAUUGAUUUGUUAAAUGAUCUGAGAUUCUCGACAAAUCAAAGUUCUUAAUAAUUCUUAGAUUUCCGUAUAAAAACAGCAUUUUUUCUUUUCUUUUUGAGGUUAACAGUAAGAACAGCUUCUCUUAAUCCUUCAUGUGUUCGCUUAAUCUUGUAUUUGCCGAUGAUUUAUGCACAACGUUGAGGUUUUUUUCCCCCAAAUUGAGUUUUCCUGUAAUCUUUAGAGGAUCUUACUUAUUGAUAAUUCAAAUGAAGCAUAUCGAUUUUAAUUACCUGAGAAUGGCCAAUUGUUUGUGAGAUUGUGAUCAAAGUUCUGUUUUUAACCGAGUUAAUGACGCAUCUUCGUGUGUUGCAGUAAUGAUCUUUUUUGAAUAAAUUAGUGAUGUGGGUUCUCUUGUUUCCGGUAAGUUGGUGAAUCUCUUCACGUUGCACCAUCACCAGUGGUUUUUAUUGGUCAAUAACUAUUGGUUUCUAUUCUUUAUUGAUCUCCAUGAAAUAUAAAACAAAUGAAAGAUAGAAUGAUCAAUAACAUCACAUAUCACAGUUUAUUUCUAUUUUCAGAGCGAAUGUAUUAACAGUGUCUAGCUGAAGCUACAAAUUUCGAAAUUUUUUUG